AUAGGGCUGUGAUGUCAAAAUAGGGCUGUGAUGUCAAAAUAGGGCUGUGAUGUCAAAAUUUGUAUCGCAUUAGCAGUCGCAGGAAUUAGUAACCUGGCUUUAUUCUCAAGCACUAAUCCAAUCAAAUCCAGUGGUUUCUCCUGCUAAGAUGUAUGAGUUGUCGGGAUAAAAGAAAAAUGUUUUAAAAAUAUUUCAUUUUUCUCCCUUCAUCUUCAGAUUUGUUUCAAAAAUGUGGAGAUGCAUAACCAAAAAGACAUAACCCUAUUUAUGAUAUAACCUCAAGAUUCCUCAAAGAAAACUGUGUAUCAUUGGCAGCAGUUUAUGAAAAUCAAAGGGCGAAGGGUCGAGUAGUCUGCCAUGCAUCCGAUUGGUUGAAUGGUCACUUUGGCGUAAGCAAAUUAAUCAUGUACCAAGAUUGAACCGUAUUUUUUUCAGAUGACUAGUUUGCAAUUUACUACUGUUUUAAUUUGAAACAAGUCUAGCUUUUUAAACUUAACCCUUUUUGUUGAGAGUUACACUUUAAGUUACUAAACCUUUGUCACCACUUUAAUGUCAUUAAGUUGAACUUUGCUCCCAAUAAAAUUUGAAAAAUGGUAAGAAAAAGAUUGGUUUUAUUUUUCACUAUGUUCAUAUAUUAUAAUUAGACAUUCAUAAGUUGUUGCGGGUCAUUAUUGAUUACUCCUGAGUCCUCCUGAGAAAAGUAACUUCCACUCGGGAAAGGGGGUGUGGUUGGAAAGGGUUGGGGUGUGAUCAGAAAGGAUUAGGGUGUGGACAGAAAGGAUGUGGGUGGUGGUGAAAGUUCCUGGGUGUUACUAAAGAUGGAUUGAACUCUGAUUGUUAGAGGGAGGGUGCUACCUGUCCAAGGCAAUUAUCGAUUUUGUUUUAUAAAGUCUUGGAUAGGUGAGGAAACUUCACAUUCUUGAUUCAAAACGGUCCAGGGAUGGUUUUCCAUAAAAAUCACUGCGUUUUUAGGUGGUCACAUGUUUUAGUAAAACAUUGAUUUUUGCUCCACAAACCAAUGUUGAAUUAUAAUAAUAGACCUUUUUGCACAAACGCACAUUGCACAAGCACUAGCUGUUGCAUGAGGUGAAUGCUGGUCUAGCUGUAAAUUAGCGAUCAAACUAGAUCAGAUUCUCACCAGGCCGAUUAGGUACAUUAGUGAGCGGGCAUGGCUAAACUCCACGUUCACUGCCCGAAAGGUUGAGGAAAAAAAAUCGCGAGAGGGCUCGCUUGUCUUGCGCCCUCUGUUGUGAAGAAGUUGCACAGCUGGUUGUAUAAAAAACAUGUGGCGUGUUGAGUGACCUUGUCGUACGGACAUACCCUGGACAGCCCACCAGCAAAAAGCUAGAGAAAAGAGCAUGAUCUUCCAUGGCUCUGUUAUACUUCUGAGAAAGUUUGUUUGCUGAGUCUCAACCAAAGAUAUACAGCGCCGUAUCAACCCGAAUUAAGUUUCUUACAUGCAUGGAGAGUUAAACUAAGUUCAACAUGACAGAAGACCCAAGCACAAAACCAGUCAAGACACAGAUACUAAAGGCUCUCCACUCAAGCGCCAGCGAUGGUGACCUUCAGACUGUGUCCAGAUUGAUCAAUGGAAUUGCUGAUGUUAACGGGGUUGACGAUCACGGCUGGACUGCGCUGAUGUUAGCAGCCAGGAAUGGCCGUGAUAAAGUUAUCAAACUUCUUCUAGACAAAGGAUGCGACUACACUCUGAUGAACCCAGCCGGUCAGACUGCUCUCGCUAUCGCCGAUUUCUGGCACCAUCCAGCCGUCUCGCAUCUCAUCAACCAACACGCUCAACAAGGAAGUAGUAGCGCCGACAACAACAAUAUCAUCAAUUUCUUCGGCCUCAGCAUCCUGGAUCGGUUCAGUCACAAGAGAACGGAGAAGGAGUGGCUGAAACAAAAACGGAUGGACCAAGCGUCAACGUUUGUCCUGUUCAGCCAAAGUAGUCCCUAUGUCACUUGGUCGGACAGCAGCAGUUGUAGAGUGUGCCGCUUCCAAUAUAACCAGCUACAAUUUCUCUUGGAGAAGCCGGAAGGCGAUCAACCAACUCUGAUCUUCUUAGGAGUUGGAAAGAUCCCUGUUUUAGAAUCCGAACCAUCACCCUCAGACAGUACCUCUUCAACUACUACUACCUCUUCAGCUACUACUACCUCUCCAGCCACUACUACCUCUGAUUCAGACGACCCCGCCUGGUUUGCUCUGGACGUUGCAGACAUCCCCGAAGAUACCAUAAAAGGAAUCGCCCCAAGCGCGGAGCUGCUCUCCCCUAAAAAUUAUUUGGCACUGAUGUCAUUGGCCGAUAAUGAGGCAGGUGUAAUUGGUCAAGCGAGGGCGCUGUUUUCAUGGCAUGACAGAUACAAAUUUUGCCCGACCUGUGGAAGUUCAAUGAGGAUUGAGGAGGCUGGAUACAAGCAUGUGUGUGAAAACAAAGAGUGUCGCAGUUUGAAGGGAGUGCAUAAUACAUGUUACCCGAGGGUAGAUCCUGUGACAAUCAUGGCCGUCAUCCACCCUGACGGGAACCAGUUACUGCUUGGACGCAAGAAACAAUUCCCAAGGAAUAUGUACUCCUGUUUGGCUGGAUUCAUGGAACCAGGAGAAACCAUUGAGGAUGCUGUGCGCAGAGAGGUUCACGAAGAAAGUGGGGUCAAAGUCGGUCAUGUGACUUAUCACUCCUCCCAACCUUGGCCCAUGCCUUCGACGCUCAUGAUUGGUUGCUUUGGGUAUGCCGUUUCCACGGAGAUCACCGUGGAUACCCAGGAACUAGAGGAUGCGAGAUGGUUUGCGAGGAGGGAUAUUGUAGCUGCUCUCCAGACGGGGCGAGGUACCGGUGAUACUAGAUCGGGAAGCAGUGAGGGUCCGAAAUUACUGCUUCCAUUUAAACAGGCCAUUGCGCAUCAACUGGUCAAGGCGUGGGUCGGCAUGACAGCAAACCUUUAGGCAUCAUGGUGAUGAAGUCGAUGAGUCACACGUGGGCUUUUUUUAUUUUUAAGACUUUUGACAAGUUUGUUUUUCAUUUUAAUUUUUUUUUCUUCAAGAUUUGGAUCGGUUUAUGUUUCUGAAAACUGGCACAAUAUACCUUAUGCAUUGAUGCGCACGCAGCCGCCAUCUUAGAGGUAAAAUGAUGACGAAACAAUCGAAACGCACAGACUGGUACGUGUGCCACACUGGUUUGGCCAACGUUCAGCUGCUUUUUACAUCUAGGUGAGGGCGCCCCACUGAUAUGACAUCAUAAUAUAAGGGCUAUAUGGCAGCCUAACCUCCUUAGGAUUUUGCUGUGAAAAUGUAAAACUUCCAUCCUUUAAACAUGGAGUUCUGUUUAACAAGUUCUCUAAUGAGGGCGCUAAAACACUUUCAUAGACCUUAUUGCAAAUAUUCAGUACGCGCACAUUAGACAUUGAAUGAGGUGCAUGCUGGUUUAGAAAGUGAUCAAGUUUGAUCGCUGGCUAGACCAGCAUGCACCUCAUGUAACAGUUGGCUCUAACCAAAUGGGAAUUUCGAAAAGGUCUAUGAACACAACAUAUUUAUAAAUACCAUGUGAGGCAAAGUCUUUCACUGACAAAAAUGUGCAAAAGGAACAUAUUAAUUCUCAUGAGACAUCUUGUAAAUUAUUUAUAGAAUUAUUUUUAUUUUAAUUUUUGAUUGUUAAUAUUCCCCAAAUCAUUUAUUUAAAAUUUUACCUGUACAUUGAUAGUGUUAUUUAAUUGAAUUUAUUAUAUACUUUAAUUUAUUACUGAUGGACAUUAUAAAGAUUCCAGAAAUUGUUUAAAUGCGGGGAACACAAUUUGCAGGUAAAAUAAAUAGAUAUUUAAUAUAAAACUUAAUUUUUAAAAAUAAUUUUCGGCCUUUUAGUGGACAAUUUUGCCUGCCUGUCUCUUGUACCCAAAAACUAACUUUCUAACAGUAGUAUCGAGUAUUUCAUAAAGUUAUCAUAUUUGUUACAGAGAGUCGAUAGCCACAAACUAGCUAGUCUUGGUUCCAAGACCUUCGUGCCGUAUCGCUCGCUAGCUUUGAGAAAGUCUAUUCUUGGUUUGAUUUCCAGGAACUGAAAUGAAUUCAAGAAGAAAAAUGCGCCCUCUGUCGUUACAUUAUGUUACGAGUAUGAGAUAAUGACAUAUUGGGCAAAGACUACAAACUAGUGCACUAAAAACCGCAUUUUGAUGGUGUGGAAUGGUCGACAGAAAGACGUGCAUUAAUCUGUAGUCUUCACCACAAGAAAUCAAAACUAUCCUUUAUGCCGUUGUUGUAUUCAGAUUGCACAUCAAUUUAUCCCAUUCAUUCUCCUGAAGACGAGCAGAGUAUACUGUUCGAAAUGUCGAGACCAAACUGGCUCUUUUCAGAGCCAACACUCUCUCAAAAGAGAUUUACACAUGUUUAUACCCGCAACUGUUUGCCAAAUUACUGUUAUAAGAGUGCAUAUAAGUCCGCUCUAGACAGAAGUGUCUAUUUUCCCAUCAGUCUUUAAUACAAACCGUUGAGCUUGUUUGCUUUUUGAUACACAGCGAGUUUGAUUUUUUGUAAUGAUUAAAUGUUAGCAAGCUAUACAUGAACUGUUGAUUUACUACACAUUCAUAAAUACCUCAGACACUAUUCACUAUUCCUAUUGGUGGAGAGCACGUCACCUUUUGGGUGUUUAAACGGUUGAUAAUGACCAGCUGGAGCUGUUUAUAACUGGUUGUUUUCGGAUACGUUUAGAUGUAUACUACGCGUACGAAUGCAUAUCUGAAAACUGUUUCGGUCAUAAAAAUGCAACACACGUACAGAGCUCAUCAAGGACGUCGGAAAACGGAUAAGUUGUACAAGGUGUUUCAUACUUUAUUACGUCUUUUAACCAUGAAGGCAUUUAUGAAUGGGAAUAAAAGAGUUGUGACUC